AUGUUCACAUCUCCAAACCCUUCUCUUUUUUCCCAGAGGCGGAAGUAUACCGUUACGGUGGUGUAUCUCAAAUACCCAGCCCCUGCCGUGAGUCCGAAUGCCACCGCUUUUCGACUCAAUGGGCACGCCCGCGGAGAUCCCAGAAAGCUCUCUUUAAGCUUCUGGAAUUACACCAGAGGGUACUGCGGUAUCGGCUGUUACAUACCGCCAAUACACUCCCGUACGUUACCAUACAUACAGUUCAGACGCUUUUUGGGGGAUUUACACAGACCACCCGGUAUGCAGAUUCUCUUAUUGGUUGGCUGGCAGAUCAGUCUCAAGUCUGAUGUCAGCCAAGACCCGUCAGGUUUGGCUUUUUUGGUUCUUCUAGAAGCCACGUCGAACAACCGCGCAUCGGAGAAAGUGUUUUUCAUUUCUCCGGCCAGCGGGCAAGAAGCCAUGACCGCCUGUCGUCAGGAUUUCAUUCCGCCAGCCUCACGCUGCAGGCGCGUCGCUUCCGAGGAUAUCGCCGACGUGGACUUGGGGAACCGGUUUUUCAUGAUAUUCCGCAAGUUUCGCACACGGGCGGAGACUCGCAGGGAAGGGAGAGAAAAGGAUAAUUCUCGUAGGAUUGCUCCCUUCUCGACAACACAAGAGCCGGUGCACCCUAUUGGCAAUCGUAUUCUUUUCAAUAAUACGGAGUACUCACCGCAAGAUCUCUUCGGGAACUCCGGAAUCGGUUUCUCGGUUUGCCUCUUCCUUCAGCCGUUGGUUACGUCAGAACCCCUUUGGCUUGCCACCUUCACUGGACUCGAGACGGAGUUCUUCGAACCAGACACAUGGGAUCCGAAGUUUGGCGUCUGGCGGCAGGAUAAACUGCCGGAACGGUCCGUGCGAGACGGGUACCUCGUUUAUGUAGAUAUCACAAGUUCCCCUUUCCGCUCCGAGGGCGCAAUGAUUCGGGGUCUUAACCGUUUCACUCCCUCGUCAUGGCUACCAAAGGGACUUUGUCAAAGUACGGGAUACCUCACGUAUCUGCGCACAUUUGGUGGUUGGAACCACCUUGCUAGUAACUUCAAAUGCUCUAGUUGCGAGAGCCCCUUCAAGCGCGAUCCUAUGUAUCCCUGUGCGGAUCAGCCAAUGGCGCAACCUUCGGCUGCAUGCGCUCAUAAAACUUUGAAGCAGUCCUACCCUGGGGGUCACCCAAAGGAUGCAAGGCGAAUUCAUGUUUUCAUCUUGCCUUUUUCUCUCAAUACGUUACAGCGAAAAUCGAGCAGCCCAUGGGAAUAUCCUGUUCUCAAUCGAUGA